AUGGUGGAACGAUGUGAGAUAUACAGGAGGGAAUAUUUUGCCGCAGAGAGAUCACAACAAGAGCAAUAUGUGCAGGAUCUCAAGAACGAAAUCGCGGUAAUGGUGAAGAGGAUUGAACUUCUUAAAACCCGUUGCCGGAAGCUGAUGGGGCAAGAUUUGGAUUCGUGUUCAAUGGAGGAGCUCAAAGAGAUAACUAUCCAAAUUGAGAAAAGCCUAACUAUAGUCAGAUCAAGAAAGGCUAAGUUAAAUGAAGAUGAGAUAGGGAAACUAAAAGCAGAGAUUGCAAGAGAAAGAGAGCGCUUGAACGAGAGAUCUAGGCUGCACGAAAUGUUUGAAGAAAAGCCAAUGUGGAUGCAGUCGAGGAGCCUAGAGAGUGAGAAGAGUGCACCUUCAAGUGGGUUGUGGAAACAUGAACAUUUCAGAUGUCGAAACUGA